UCUGCUAGUGGAUUGAAGUUUGAUGCUUCCUCUAGCCCAGUUUCAAGACUUGGCUCAGGCGUUUCAAGAAGUUGUAAAGAUGUCCUCCGUCAAAUAUUUCAUGAGAUACCAUUGUCAGAUCCGGAGAUAGCUGGAGUAGAGAUUGUGCAAAGAGGUGUAUACCCAUUUGUGACACAUGAAAGAGCUAACGCUAUGAAAUUGGAAUUGGAGCAGCUGAAAGAAUCAGUCAUUGAAGGUACUCAUCCAUGUGCUGAUCGCUUAAAAGAAAUGAGUGAGCUGACACUUCAGAAUCAGGAUUUGUCUGCAAAUGAUGGCAAAUGCAAUGAUCUUUCUAAUAAUGAUAAUGAGAGUGACAUGGGAGCAAAACAGAAGUCAUCACCAAAAGAACAUUUACACGCAAGUAUUGAUGAUCCAGAAAAAGCUCAACACAAGAGUGGCAAUUCUCAAUCUGAACAGGAAAUAGAUGUUCAACCGAAGGAACCCAAUGCUGCAUAUCCAAAUCCCACACACGAAGUUACCGUUGAUUCUUUUAAUGGCGUUGGAGCAGACCACCCUGAAAUGAUUGCUUUUGCUGCCGAAAGGCAUGAGUUCUUUAGCCCUCACUAUCUAUCUGGUCAUGAUUUCUCAGAAAAUACUGAAUGGAGAGACCAAAAUCUUUGUAUGAAGUGUAAUCAAGGCGGUCAGUUACUGGUUUGUAAAACAACUACUUGCCAAUUAAAGGUUCAUGAAAGCUGUUUUAGUAAGUCUGCUCAAUGUGAUGGGAAGGGCAACUUUUUGUGCCCAUUUUGUGCAUAUUCUUGUGCUGUUUCAGAAUAUCUUGAAGCAAAAAAGAAGGUUUUUGUGGCUAGGGAAGAACUAUGUAUCUUCCUUGGUAAGGGUAUAGAGGAUCAGGCAAUGGAACUCCUUGAAGUUCAUAGAAAAGAAAAUAACUCUUCAAUCAAGGACAAGUAUGAAAAUAAUCUCAUCAAAGACAAUGGAAAUGACCAGUCAUUAGGAACAGCAAGAGAAGACAAUCAAGAACAUGUAAACGAAGUCAGUACUCUUCAGUUUGAAAGAAGUCAGCAACAGGCAGAGGCUUCCAUGCCAUGUGAUAAUAUUCCUCCGUUAUGCAGAGAAAAGGGAAUUGUAAACAAUGGGACGGAGACAGUUUUAAAUGGAGGAGAAGGAACGGGUAACAUUGAGAAUCCAAAAAUUUUACAUGUUCAAAGAGUUGAAGAAAGCCAAGUUGCAGCAGACCAUAGAACUGCUGGUGAUAGCUUAUUUCGUCAUGUUCCCUCUGUUAAGCAAAACGCUACGGGGAAAGAAAAUCAGCGGGAAUUAAUUGGAGAAUACAGCACUGAUCGGACAGAAGAGCCUGCUUGUGCGCAUUAUAAUGAAGAGAACGUUUCUGAAGAUGGCAGUGAAAAGCAUAUAAAUUCUAGAUACUCCAUGAGAUCCCGAAACUAUCAAACACAAUGCAAGCCACGACCUCCACUAUUAAGAAAACGGAAGAACGUUCCAUGGACAACUGAGGAGGAAGACAUACUAAUGGAAGGAGUGCAGAAGUUUGGAGUGAGCGACCAACAAAGAAUGCCAUGGAAGCAAAUUUGGGAAUUUGGCUCUCAUGUUUUUCUAAGUGAACGUAGGCCAGCAGAUCUGAAGGAUAAAUGGAAGAACAUAUGCAAAGCAAAAAGGAAAUCAAAAUGAAAGAGCAGCAUCUUGGGCAUGCUCCUGUGAAUAUAGUCAUGUUUAUAUGCUCUUCAUACCUAUCCCAGCCUGACGAUUUUCAGCUGUUAAGAGUUACCAUCAUAUUUUCAGUCAACUGGGUAGCUUAUAGUCGGGCUUGGUUGUAUUUGGGUUGGAUUAGAAACUAAUUCGGUGAAGAUCUAUGUAGUUAUGGAUGAUCCUGCUUAGAAAGGACUUGUAAAGAUAUAUGUAGUUAUAGUUUGAUGAUUUUUUACCCCUUUGUUAGUUAUAUUCAACUCAGCCGUUAAUAGUUGCGAUCUUCCAUUA